GGCAGCACCAAGACGGACGCUACACGUGCAUUUUUAGUUAUUAUUUUGCGGAAUAAAUAAAUAGUUGAAUAUGUCGCUAUUACGCAUAAGGAAACCCAAAACCCGCAAGGGUAAGAAGGUUUUGAUGGCUCGCGAGCCUCAGCUCAUAGAGCCGGCACGCAGCAUGUUGUUUGUGGACGGACGCAAGUGUGGUGGCAAUGUGAAACAGUACAUGAAGGAUCUGCAUCAGCUAAAGAAACCACUGGUGAAGGUACUUAAUCGCAAAAAUGAUAUAACUCCGUUUGAUGAUCCCUCCUCCUUGGAAUUUUUAACCAUGAAAAAUGACACAGCUAUGUUUUCAUUUGGUUCUACAUCAAAGAAGCGUCCUGAUAAUAUCAUAAUCGGACGUAUUUUCGAAAACGAAGUGCUGGAUAUGUUCGAGCUGGGCAUUAGGCGGUAUCAGGCCAUUGCCGAGUUCAAAAAUGAAAAGAUUGGUGCCUGCGUUAAGCCCUGUUUGGUGUUUAAUGGCCCAAAGUGGGCACAAUCGGAGGAGUUGCGUCGGCUGCGCAGCAUGUUUAUUGACAUGUUCCAACGAGAAAAGGUUGAAUCCAUACGCCUGCAAGGCAUUGAGCAUGUACUCAGCUUUACAGUGACAGAUGACAUGAAUGUGUUGAUGCGUUCUUAUAAAAUACUCUUGAAAAAGUCUGGCCAAAAAACGCCACGCAUUGAACUGGAAGAGAUUGGACCAUCUGCUGAUUUUUCCAUUCGUCGCACCAAGAUUGCCUCUGAGGAUUUGUACAAGCUGGCCAGAAAGCAACCCAAACAGCUGAAGGUGACCAAAAAGAAGAACAUCAGCACAGAUAUUCUGGGCAAUACGAAGGGUCGCAUUCACUUGGGCAAGCAACAAACAGGCUCUAUACAAACACGUCGCGUCAAGGCGCUCAAAAAGUCACCAGAGGAGAAACGCACCGACCGUCAGAAAAAGAAGGUGGCGCUCAAGGCCGCCGCAGCCGAGGCAUUGGCAGCUGCGGAAUGAUUUCAUGGCAUUUUAGAAUUCUAGAUAGUAAUAGUGUAAUAAAUUGGUCCAGCUUAAAAUAUAGUUAUUAACUUGACUUAG